UGUUGUCAGCUGGUGCUGUGGGUAAAAUAUCACGGACACAAAUAGUGUCGAAAUCAUAACUGGUCAUCCUGUCUCGAGGAAAUAGGAAAUCAACGUGUGAUACUUGACCACGGGAGAAGUGAUGUUCGUCCAGUUGUUAUGCACUGUUUGGGUCAUCGUCAACCUGUGUGAUGGAGUUUCUGCAGCAGGAAGUCCACGACAUAUUGUCUUCAUCGUGGCGGAUGAUCUCGGAUGGAACGAUGUUGGCUUUCAUAACCCCGAUAUGAUCACGCCCAAUAUUGACAGACUGGCAAGAGAAGGCUUGAUACUGAAUCAAUCCUAUGUCCAGCCGGUCUGCAGUCCGUCGAGGAGUGCGUUCAUGUCUGGAUAUUACCCAUUUAAAACAGGGCUGCAGCAUCUUGUUAUUGCGAAUUACCAGCCAGUAUGUCUACCCCAAAACAUCACGAUCCUGCCACAGAAACUGAAGGAGCUGGGCUAUGCCACACACAUCAUUGGGAAGUGGCACAAUGGGUUCUGCAGCUGGAACUGCACCCCGACGUACCGCGGCUUUGACAGCUUCUUCGGCUACUACAACGCCAGGGAAGAUUACUACACCCACACCACCGCUGGCUUCUUGGACUACCGGAAUAACACCAACGCCGAGAAGACAGAGAACGGAACUUACUCAACGUAUCGGUUUGCUGAUGAAGCCAUCAACAUCAUCGGACGUCACGACAAGAGUCGGCCGCUGUUUCUGUACCUGCCGUUUCAAGCCGUUCACGCACCCAUAGAGGUUCCCCCAAAGUAUGAAGCACUGUAUCCGAACAUACAGACUGAAGGUCGUCGUAAAUAUUGUGGAAUGGUCUCAGCUCUUGACGACGCAAUUGGUAACAUAACAAAGGCCUUGACAAGCAGCGAAUUAAUGAAUGACACGCUGAUUCUGUUUACUGCGGAUAAUGGUGGAUGGAUCAGCGAGCAUGGCAACAACUUCCCCUUGCGAGGUGGCAAGUUGAGUGUGUACGAAGGGGGAACGAGAGCAGCAGCGUUCAUGUAUGGAUCAUGUCUAGAGAAGCCAGGAACUGUUUAUGACGGAUUGAUCCACGCCGUUGACUGGCUGCCCACCCUGACUGCAGCAGCAGGAGGGACCCCAGUGACAGACCGCGACGGCAUGAACCUGUGGCCGAGUAUCAGUGCAUCCUCCCCGUCACCCCGCACUGAGUUCGUCUACAACUACGACUCACACCCAUUCCCGGAAGAGGGACACGCGGCCAUCAGGGUUGGUGACUACAAGCUGAUCGAUGGCUUCCCAGGACUGUACAAUGAUUGGUACAAGCCGGAACAAGUGACCAACCUGAGUCUCACCAACAUCAAGGACUGGGCCACAAAGUAUCAGCUGUUCAACUUGAAAGAUGACCCCAACGAGCACCACGACCUCUCCACAUCCCAGCCGGACAUGGUGAAGAAGCUUGCUGCCAGGCUGGCCUGGUAUGAGAAGCAGGCAGUGUCACCUAACUUCCCUGAGCUUCCCGACCCCAAGUGCAACCCUGAGUUGUACGGCAAUGUCUGGUCCCCUGGUUGGUGCUGAGAGUUUCCUGUUUGAACACAUUGGAAUAAAGUCGUUAUUUGAA